UCCGCGAAGUCAAAUUUUGGUCAGAUGAUCUUGCCUUGACUGCGUUAUAGUUUGAUGCAAGACAGCGAAGGUGAUGAAUCGUAAACUUGGUUAGCUAGGGUUUGAAUUCCAAACCUAAUUAUGCAAUCAUGUCGAAAUCAGACGCUCCAAAACCCAAUUCCGCCAAAGUUCACCCCUCUAAUGAGCCCGAGUUUGAUCCCAAUUCCUACGCCAUGGAGAAGUUCCGGCUCUACGAAACCAGAGCGAGAUUUUAUUUAAUCGGAAGUGACCGUAACAAGAGGUUUUUUCGAGUCUUGAAAAUUGAUCGAUCAGAGCCCUCCGACCUCAGUAUUAGUGAAGACCCUGUGGUAUAUACCCCUCAGGAAAUCAAGAACCUUCUUCAGCGAAUCGCAGAAGGCAAUAGGGCCACCGGCGGCCUGACAUUUGUGACAAAGGUUUAUGGGAUUGCAGGCUGCAUCAAGUUUCUGGAAUCAUAUUAUUUGAUUCUGGUUACCAAGCGCAGACAAAUAGGUUGUAUAUGUGGUCACGAAAUAUAUAGCAUAGAGGAGAGCCAAUUGAUAACAAUACCACAUCUCUCAAUGCAAUCUGAAAUCGCUCACUCUAGAACUGAGACAAGGUACAAAAAGCUUUUAUCGAGUGUUGACUUGACAAAGGAUUUUUUCUUUAGUUAUACCUAUCCUGUAAUGCAAAGUUUACAGAAGAAUGUAUUGUCCAAUGAAGAUGAAGGGAUGCCCUAUGAUAAUAUAUUUGUUUGGAAUGCUUAUUUAACACAAGCAAUCAGAUCAAGAUGCAAUAACACCAUUUGGACAAUAGCUUUAGUUCAUGGCCAUUUUAAGCAGAUGCGUCUUUCAAUUUUCGGGAGGGACUUCAGUGUUUGCUUGGUUUCUAGACGAUCAAGACAUUUUGCUGGAACACGUUAUUUGAAAAGGGGAGUCAAUGACCGGGGAAGAGUUGCCAAUGAUGUUGAGACAGAACAGAUUGUCCUUGAUGAAGAAGCUGGUUCUUUCAAGGGAAAAAUGAGUUCAGUUGUGCAGAUGCGUGGCUCUAUUCCACUUUUCUGGUCUCAAGAAGCUUCUAGAUUCAGCCCCAAGCCUGACAUUAUCUUGCAGAGGUAUGAUCCUACAUAUGAGGCAACAAAAUUACAUUUUGAAGACCUUGCUCAGAGAUAUGGCAAUCCAAUUAUUGUGCUUAAUUUGAUUAAGACUGUUGAAAAAAGACCACGAGAGAUGAUGCUGAGGCGUGAAUUUGCUAAUGCUGUGGGGUAUCUGAACCAAAUUUUACCUGAAGAAAAUCAUCUUAGAUUUAUUCAUUGGGACUUUCACAAGUUUGCAAAGAGUAAGUCUGCCAACGUUUUGGCAGUUUUAGGUGGUGUGGCAAGUGAAGCACUUGAUUUAACCGGUUUUUACUUCAGUGGCAAACCCAACAUUGUAAAAAGGACCAAGGGCAACCGACCAAGCAAUGGAAGGGAUACUUCUCUAAAAGAUUUAAGAACGAGUUCAGGAGAUAUUGCAAGGAUCGGAAACAGUAAUGAAAUUCCAACUGCAUUAGUCAAUCAAGACAGCGAGACUGACAAUAACCAACAGAGCCAAAAAGAUGUUUGUGGUGAAGCACCGUGCUUUCAAAGUGGAGUUCUGCGCACCAACUGCAUUGAUUGCUUGGACCGUACAAAUGUAGCACAGUAUGCCUAUGGCCUUCAAGCUUUAGGACGCCAGCUUCAUGCUAUGGGUUUAUCUGAUGUUUCCAAAGUGGACCCUGAUAGUAGUAUUGCUGCAGCUCUUAUGGACAUGUACCAGAGUAUGGGUGAUGCUCUUGCCCAGCAGUAUGGUGGUUCUGCUGCUCAUAAUACUGUUUUCCCAGAGAGGCAGGGAAAGUGGAAAGCAACAACGCAAUCAAGAGAGUUUAUGAAGUCUAUAAAGCGAUAUUAUAGCAAUGCUUACACUGAUGGUGAAAAACAAGAUGCAAUAAACUUGUUUUUAGGUUACUUCCAACCACAAGAAGGGAAACCUGCUCUUUGGGAGUUGGAUUCAGAUUACUAUCUCCAUGUUUCUGGGAUUGGAGAUGACCUGAUCUCUGAUAAGGGUUCUGAACUUAUUACUAAGCCUUCUCGUCGAACUGGAACAACCCUCAUACCUGUCCCAGCUUGUAGAGAAGACUUCUCACGCAUAAAGUUGACAUCAUUUGACAAGUUAAUUGAAAAGACUAGAAGUGAAAUUCGGAAUGUAAGACUUUUUGGUGAACCUGAUCAGAAACCAGGUGGUUUUGGAAACAGUGGGGUUGCACCUGAUGCAGCUGAGAUACAACUCAAGAGCCCAAAUUGGCUUUUUGGCCAGAGAAAGCAUGAAGGAGGUACCAUGGCCGGGAAAGCUGCUUCUCGUGAAAUUGAUAUUGAAAGAUCUCUAGUUGAGACAAAGGGUAAUGGUUUUUACAACCUAAACUGGCUUUCUUCUGGCAAUGAUUUGAAUGAAGAGGAUGCUUUCCAAAGGUACCCGACAGUGACAUCUAGUGAGGACAAUGGUUGGUACGGAGGCACUCUUCUUGGUGAUCAAAAUGAAAGCAGUGAGUUAUAUAAGCAUUAUGCAGCGUUAUGUCAGUGGAUUGUGCAGGGACUUGAAUUGGAACUAUUUCAUAAUGAUCCUGGGAGUGAAAGACAUUAUGCUGAUGUUUUGAGCCUAAGUUCAUUUGACAUGGUUAAUGAUGAUGUCGUUGCUCAAGAAAUGGAAGCAGCUCUCAAGGAAUAUGAGCAAGUUGGAGCUGACCUUGGCAUCAUUCCCUCAUCUUGUAAAUACUUUGCUGAAGAUCCCAGUUGGCUGUCAAGAUGGUUAAUAGGAGAAGAGAAAGUACCGGGGACAUAAUGCCCCACUAUAUCAAUGGUUUGGUUAUUAUAUUUCCAGCUGUAAAGGAAUGGAAUAUUCAAAUACUUCUUCCAGCCUCCCAUAAAUAUUUUCUUGUAUCAAAGAAUCCGGACCACGGUCAGUACGGCCGGGGAAACUUCAGGUGCCAGCAAAUUCCAAAUGUUGAGUAAUGUACAGUUCGCACAAAUUACACUUACAUGAGGGAUGCAUAGUGCUUGGGAAGAGUAGAAACUACAGGCAGGUGCUUUGUUGAUUAGGAAUAUUAUGAUAUGAUUUUUGCCAGAAAGCCAUAAACAAGACAGUGCUAAUGGCUAUUUUUUUUCCUGCGCCUUCUUUCACACGAAACUGAACCGGAAACCCUUUAUCUAAAGUUCUUGGUGUGGCUUCAGAAAAUUCGGGUCAGUCCUUUUCUUUGUGCUCUUUUUAAUUCUCUCUUACCAAUAGUCCUUUUUUUAUAGGUGGGUUUGAGGUAUAUGAGUUUAAUUGAUCUAUGAAGUGGAGACUACUGCGACUGUGGAGUGUGGACCGUUGGAUCAAGUUUGUUGAUUCAAAUUUUAUGGUUUUUAAAAUUUCGUAUUAAUCUGCACAGUUAAAAUUUGAUAAAAAGGGUUCAAAAGUCUAAUGAGUAGAAAGAAAUCAAGUCUUUUAUAUAUUGACAUUUCAAGUAACUGCGUCCUUCGAAUUCAAAUUUUCUCAUGUUUUCUUAA